AUGUUUUUGUGGCUCCUGGUUUUGUUCUAUUUGUUGGGGAAUACAGCUUCUGCAUACUUUUGUUCUUCACUGGAAAAUCUAUCAAGGCUACUAAAAUUGUCCCCUACAAUUGCUGGGGUCACUCUGCUCUCUCUUGGCAAUGGAGCCCCUGAUGUUUUUUCCAGUCUUGUUUCGUUUAUGGGUGGUGGGACAGGUGAAAUUGGUCUUAAUACAAUUUUGGGGGGAGCUUCCUUUGUAUCAUGUAUUGUGGUUGGAAUCAUAAGCAUUUCAAUGCGCCAGAGGGGUAUUCGAGUUAAGAAAUGUGACUUUGUGAGAGAUAUUUGCUUCUACCUUUUGGUCAUUCUGUUCUUGGUUCUGAUCUUGAUUCAGAGUGAAAUAGAUGUGUGGGCUGCAAUGGCUUUUGCUUCAAUGUAUAUUGUUUAUGUGAUUGUGGUUUACAUCUCACAUACUCAUUGGAAGAAUGCUGCUGGGGAUAUCAGUGAAUCAAACUCUACUUCCACCAAUGACACUGACUUGAGUGUACCAAUUCUUAGCAACAACGAAAAGGAAGAGCUUAGUGCUGCAGAGGAAGGAGCUGUAGAAGGCAGUUCUGAAGUACUAGAAGUCAAGAAAUGCUGCUCUAAUCUUAGAUCAUCGGCUUCUUGUCAUAUGGUUUUUUUCAUACUCGAGAUGCCUCUUUAUCUGCCAAGGAGAUUGACUAUUCCUGUUGUUUGUGAAGAGAGAUGGUCUAAGCCGUAUGCAGUUGCUUCAGUGACACUAGCACCAUUGCUGUUGUCAAUCCUUUGGAACCAUGAAUUUGACCGUGUUAGCUUCAUGACAAGCUUGGUGAUCUAUAUUACUGGAUUGAUUUUUGGAGUCACUUUUGGGGUUGUUGCAUUUGUGACAACAGAGAAGUCAAGCCCACCAAAGAAUUGCUUAUUUCCUUGGCUUAUUGCAGGGUUUCUAAUGAGUGUUACUUGGAGUUAUUUUAUAGCUCAGGAAUUGGUGGGUUUGUUAGUUUCAGUAGGGUACUUAUUAGGUGUAAGUCCUUCUAUCUUAGGGCUAACUGUCCUUGCUUGGGGUAACUCAUUUGGAGAUUUGAUUACCAAUUUGACAAUGGCUUUAAAUGGUGGACCUGAAGGAACUCAAAUUGCAUUUGCAGCCUGUUAUGCUGGUCCCAUCUUCAACAUUCUGUUUGGAUUGGGCUUAUCCCUUGUUGGCUCUGCUUGGUCUACAUAUCCAUCACCCCUUGUGAUCCGCAGAGAUCCAUACCUGUUGGAGACAGUGUGUUUCUUAGCAGGAGGCUUGCUUUGGGCACUUGUGGUUCUACCAAGGAGAAAUAUGAGGCUUGAUGGGGUCUUGGGAGGGGGGCUUUUAGUUGUAUACAUCAGCUCUAUGUCUUUAAGGUUGAUUCAAACACUUGGGUCUCUCAAUCUUCAAAAACAGAUAAACUAA